AUGGGGGCAGUGUGGUUGACCGACCCGUUGGGGUCUCUCAGUCCUGGAGCUGUGGACCUGUGGACCUGUAUCUCCAUCAGUGUUUUUUCCAUUUGGGCUGAAGACGAAGGCUGCCACAGGUUUUGCACUCUGGGACCGGGCCUGGCUGGUGGUCCAUUCUUGGCGGGGCCCGAGGCCAAAGAGCUCCCUCCAGAGUUGAUAGACGUCCUAAAGCGCGUGGUGGCGAAGGCUGAGGACGGCGGUGGCACAUCCAGCGGCAGCGAGGUGAAGACCUCUGGAAAGAAGUGGGCGGCGAUAGAUAAAUUCGGCACCAACCUCGGCCAGGGAAAUGCAACGUGCCAUCUUCAUUUGGGACGAGGAACGAAGAGACGUCUCGAGAAGGACAAAGAGCCGCCUGAGAAGAUGACAGGUGCCCAGCUGGUGAUGGAGGACGUGGCCUGGAAGUCCAAGGAGGACCAGGAGAAGUGGACUGGAGCCCUGGUGUAUUGCGCCAAGGAGUGGAUGUGGAGUCAGGUGGAUGCGGAGGUGCCCUUCGAUCCAGUGGACCAGCAGAUGUCCGACGAGGCCGACGGGCGACGGCUUGUCGGGGCACGGGGCCUUUGGACGCGGUGCGGACGUCCGGAGGGCUGCCGUUGGACCGGGAUGUGGGUCCUUUUGCGAACAGAAGUUGGGAGACAUCCUGAGAAGAUGAUGGAACAUGGUGGUGUUCUUCCCUAGCAAGUCCUAUACAACAGUGGCGGUUGAGAAGACAUCCAUUUCUUUCUGGCUGUCACUUGAGAAUCGGUUCUUGCUUUCCUUCGCGCGCGUGAGAGAUGUCAGCUCCACUGCGUGGAACCACCCCAUCUGUGGUUGCACUCGCCGAGAGCUGGGCAUCCGCCACCCGACGAGCCGUCGGUUCCCAUCUUGUGAGGAGAAGAACGCGAUCUUGAAUCACUGCGUGUACUUGUGGGAUGAGACGCCAGGUUUUUUUCGCAGUUCGUCGGGUCAACCGGUCAGUGCCCCCAAUGGUAUACGUAGAUUCAGGUAGAUUUAGAUCAGGGUCUUUUGUAUAUACAUUUGUCGUUAGCGUUGUGAACAUAGGGUCCCGAUCUUG